AUGUCUUCGAACCCGAGUGCCCGCCUGAACGGCAUCUUCCAGGACGUAUCGGCCUCCGGUGGCGGCAACGAUGCACUACGCUACACUGCACCUCGAGAGCCAUCGCAUAAGCAGCAGCAGCCGCAGCAAACAACACCCCCGGCAGCCGUCUCCUCGACUGCCUCGGCCGUCGUGUACUCCACCAUGGUCUCGCUGUAUCAAUAUGACGCCACGGCCCGCAAGUACGUACAACUUGGGGGCAGCACGGCCGGUUCUAAAGCAGCUGUGGGCUGUGUCAUCGUGGGGGCCGAGACGGCCUACAAUCUCCUCUUCUACAACGCAUCCAAGCAGCAUUUGUGCGCUGUGCCCAUCAAGUUCGGGACCUUUAAACCCACACUUCAAGCAAAGAGUUACGUCAACUUUUACGACGAACAGGGGGCUAAUUGGUCGGUCAAAUUCCCCAGCGAUGCUCAGGUGGCCGAGUUCAUGAGGCAAGUGUUUCUGGCCAAGAUCCACGUCGAGAUCUGGGGCAGUGACAAGACCGUGACCAAGUCGAACCCGAGUGCACUGAUUCAGGACGACCUGGUGUUCGUAAAGCCCGAGACUCAACAAGUAAGCAACGGAGACACCGUCGCUGUUGCAUUCAGUGCAUGGAGAGUCGUGGGCAACGCCAAUUCGGCCCCGGCCGACGUGGUGACCAAGUACGCGCCGUUCGAGAAGGCCAGUGAGGGUGACUUACGUAAAAUUCGGCUUGGAGACGGUAGUGAACGUAUUAAAGCACUAGAAGAGGGUAUUGUGGGGAUGAGAAAAGGUGGUAAACGGAUCGUAUUGGCCCCACCAGGCAAGACUAACGGACAGGACUGGUAUCUUCUAGAGAUUGAGCUGUUUAAAACCAAGACAGGCCAUAAUGCCACUCAACGGAAGUCUGCACCAGCUGUAAACACAUCUGCAGCGACGGAGGAAGCACCUAAAGCUUCAUCAUCAGAGAAGAAGGCAUCGCGACGACGUUCCAGUCCCAGUUCCGCUAACAACGCGGCCUCCCGGUCUAACAGCGUUAGAAACGAAGCCAGGAAUGGAGAUCUCGUACCGUACGAAGAAGACGCUGCGUCUAAGAACGACAUGGAGCUCAAGGAGCUGCGUUUGCUACAACGAGAGCAACAAUUGGAGCUCCAAGCGCGUGCUCUUGAGCGUGAACGCAUGAGUGCCACUGGAAGUGGGUUUGGAUCUAUGGGCUUCGGGUUAAACAGCAGCUUUCCGACUUCUUCAUCGAUUUUUAACAAUAAUUCUCUAAGCGGACGUCCCAUGGACGCGAUGCUGUCGGAACUGAACGCCAAAGUGGAUUAUCUGAUCCGGAUGGCUCCGGGGACAUCGAAUUCUGGCUCUGGUAUCGGUGCCGGCCCCAGCGACGUGGCUGCUGUUAUCCGUGGCGUCGAGCGACUAGCUAACGAGAAUGACAGGCUUCUGACUCAGAUUAACUCGCAGCACCAACAGCAAUCAUCGUACGAGAAGCGAUGUGAGGAGCUGUUGGAGCAAAACCAGCGUCUUCAGGAUGAGAAGCGGUCGCUACAAGAGCGAUACCAGUCGGCCGCCAGCUCUCAGUUGAAUGCUGCGUCGGAGUUGAGCGCUCUGGCCAGUGCCCGGGACGCUGCAGUGACGCAGACGAACCGUCUGCAUGCCGAGUAUCAACAGCUAUUGACGGCGUACUAUCAACUGCAGCAACACGGAGCCAGUAACGACGCAGAGGAGCACAAACAAGCGCUGAAUUUCGAGCGUGAAGCCCGUUCUCGAGCGGAAAAGCAGCUGGCCAAGGAGACACAGGCCCGUUCUCUGGCUGAGCAGGAGCUGGCGUUGACCAAGAAGCAGCACGAUGUGGCUCUACAGGUCAAGACGUCGGAGCUCUCGACUGCGACGGCCCAAUUGGAGCAACAAGUGCGUUCUCUUCAGACACAACUGCAGCAAGUGAACGACGAUCGACUGCGUCUUCAAGCCUAUGCGGAGGAGCAGACGAAGCAGUUGACAGCGCAGAGUGAGACGACGGAGAGAGACGCCAAGCAGCUAGAAAUCGCUGCACAACAGGUGGCUCAACUGCAGAGAGAGAACCAGGACUUGACCGGCAAACUGGACGUGUCCUCGGCACGCGUUCGUGAGCUGGAGACGGCGCUGGAGUCGAAGCCUGCGAGUUCGGAGACGACGGAGGUGGCCGCUGAAGAGAAGCGUAUCUAUGUGGAACAGAUCGAGUUAUUGCAGCAACAGGUUAAAGAUCUGGAACAGGAGAAGUACGAACAGGUGCUGGUGUCUGGCCGUGUGUCGUCUGGAGAAUGCGAGAACUGUGCUGUCGUCAAGGAGCGUGAGCAAGCGGCCGAGCGUGCACUGGCCGCUGCAGAGACGAUCAAGCGCGAGGCGCAGGAUAUGCUGGCCGUGGCCGCACACACUGGAGGAGGCGCAGAGGAACGUGAAAGACUGGUGGCGCUGUUUAAAGAAGCGGUGAACGAGAUGUUCUUCCGCUUCCAGGACUUGUUUGAAGAAGAGACGGCUAUCGACGGCAAGCAGGUGCUGAAUGCUAUUCGCAAGGUCUUGAAGUCCAGUACGAAGAGUAUCAUCCAACAGCUACAGGAGCCAACACAGCAGAUCGAAGAAGAGAGUGAUGGUAACGUGAGUGAUGGUCCUCCACCACCACAAGAGAUUGCUGUCGAAGCAGUGGCCGACGCUGUAGAGGCUGUAGAGGCUUCUAUUGAGAACGAGCGGCAUGAUGAUGAUGAAGAGAAGCCAACAGUUAGUACUACUGAGGCCGCUGUUGAAGAGAAGCCGAGUGCUUCCGCUGAAGCGAAGGAGAGUGAAGCAAGUACAGAAGCGACGCAAGCGCCGGCCACUGCAACUGCACCCACGCUACAUGUAGCGCAGUAUCCGUCCAGUGACGAGAGCGACAGUGAUUCCGAGUUCCAUGGAUAA